UUCCCGUGAAUCCACUGUAUGUAUGUGUGUGUGUAUGCUGGAGGGGGACCUCAUCCUCAAACUAGCCCGAGGAGAAUGUGGAUUCCUAUAAUUUUAGGAUACAUCUUUAUCCAACACUUGUUUCUGGACUGCGUGGAGUCCCAAGAUGUUGAAGAAAUUAAGGUCACUAUAUGCACCACAGCUACUACCUGUGGUGAAUGCAUUCAAUUACCAGAAUGUGCCUGGUGUAAACAGGAGCAGUCGAUCUAUGAAAGAUGUGUUCCUAAGGAAGACCCUGGUCACUGUCGAGAGGAAGAUGUCAUCAACCCUCAGCCCUCGACACUGAUCCCCGAGAGUGAUAUGUCCCUGAAUAAUGGUGAAACUAGCAACAACGGAGAACCUGAAAUUGCACAACUUAGACCUAGCAGAGUUAAGCUCAGACUACGAAAGGAUUCUCCUUUGAAGUUCAAAAUUACUUUCACGCAAGCGGAAGACUAUCCAGUGGAUCUGUAUUAUUUGAUGGAUUUCACAUUUUCUAUGACAAAACAUAAGGAGCAAGUUGUGGAAGCUAUUGAAAAUAUUG